UUCUAGGGUACGCAGAUCGAAGCUGCCUGUCUCGUGUGUGCUGGUCGGCUGAGGCAGCGAAAAGUGACCUAUAGCGUAUGGCGUUGACGAAUGUUUCCUGGUUCGGUGGUUAGACGGGUCUACCGCCAGGUGCUACUCGCUUUCCCACCACGUAGCGAAAGCUGAGCUUUUCACACCCGUAGCCCUCAGUCGGGCGGUGUGUCCGGUCCGGUAUCGGCGUGGUCUGACCCGGUAUUACGGGACUACUGUGGUGUGACCAGUGUAGUAGAACGGACUGUGGUUGUUGUAGCUUCAGACCACGCCUCCCAGCAAGUGCAAGUGCCCUGCUGAGUCGUUUUUGCCGGGCUCUGUCGUCGUUUCGGGGUGCUGCACGAACCCAACGGUACAUGCAGCGCCGCCCUCAAUCCUUCCGUAUCGGGGCCCGGGAGCCGCAUACCGACCGACCAGCCCUGCCCCGCCCCCACCGGCUACACAACCUUCCCCCCCCCCCCCCCCCCCCACCGUCGCCCUGGUCGUCCUGCCGCCCGGUGGAGCCACCGUCGGCAGUCGACGGCGUCGCUGCACGGCGGACAGUGACGCCGCGGGGGGCGCGUCCGGGUGACGAUAUAGUGUGACGCCACGUCCAGGUCCUCUGAAGGCACUGGGUUAACGUGUGUCGCGGCUGGUCGCAGUGUGAGUAGUGUGUGCUGUGCUCAAAACACCGCCUAUCCGAACCAGCGCACCGUGCAACAGUGGGCUGGCUCGCCGCCGGGCCUCCCCGCUCAAGGUCAGAUGCACUCGCAUGCGGCGGAGCUGGGCGGUCGGUUGCGCUCUCGCGUGGCGGCCGGCCUGGAGAAGCACGUGCCUCGGCUGGCGGCGGGUCUGGAGCGGCAGGCGCCGCGGCUGGCUGCCGAGCUGGAGCGCAGGGUGCCGGCCCUGGCACACCGUGUGUCACCGAGCCGCCGCGGUCUGAGGCAUAGCCAUGAGGAGCCGGAGGACGAGGAUGGAGGUCAGCAGGGGGAGGCGGACUCGGCCGCUGCCGCUGCGGAGCCGGCUGCCAUCCCGACCCUGGUGCUGCACGUGCGUCUGCUGCAUGGCCGCCACCUGGUCGCCAUGGACAGCUGCGGCACCAGUGACCCGUAUGUGAAGUUCAAGCUGGGCUCGAAAACCGUGUACAAAUCCUCGAUCUCGUACAAAACUCUGAAUCCCGUCUGGAAUGAGACGUUUCAGGUGGUCCUUCAGAGGCAGUUCAAGAAUCUCAACCUCAAGGUUUAUGACCACGACUGGGGUCUGAACGACGACUUUCUGGGCCAGGCGAAGAUCGACCUCUCCUCUCUGCCGCUGGACCAGGAGCAGGAGCUGACGGUCGCCCUGGCCGACCCGGACGAGGCCACCGUCACGUUCACCAGCCGCCACCAGGUCGCUGUGACGUCACCGGGACAGGGUGUGGUGACGUCACUGGAUGCGAGGGACGUCACCGGACCGCUGGGCACAGUCAGCCUGGCGCUUCGUCUUGUGCCUCUCAGUGACGACGAGGUGGAACAGCUGGAAGGCAGCUCUCGGUGUCGGGAUGAGGGCAGGCAGCGGCAGCAGGCCUGGAGUCAUGUGGUUCACGUUGUGCUGGUGGAGGGGCGUGACCUGCUCUCAAUGGAUGUGGGCCACACCAGCGACCCCUACGUCAAACUCAGACUUGGUAAGGAGAAGUUCAAGAGCCACACGGUGGGCCACUCGCUGAGUCCGUACUGGGGCGAGGAGUGCUGCUUCCACCUCUAUCCGGACGGGUGCCAGCGGUUAGAGGUGGAGGUGUUCGACAGGGACCAGAUGACCGUCGACGACUUCAUGGGAAGCGGCAGUCUGGACCUGUCCCUUCUGUCCCCGGAGCGGUCGCACAGCGUGUGGGUGCCGCUGGAGGAGGGCGCCGGCGCCGUCCGACUGGUGAUCACCAUAUCCGGCACCACCCAUGUGGAGACGGCCUCGGACCUGCUCUGUCACCAGCACGACCCGCCGCACACCGAGCAGCAGAUCCGGCAAUUGAGCUUUCCGAGGACGCUGGAGCGCCUGACGCCCGUGGGCCACCUCUCGGUGAAGGUGCUGCGCGCGCGCGGUCUGGCCGCGGCCGAUCUGAACGGCCGCUCGGACCCGUUCUGCGUGCUGCAGCUGGUAAACAGGCGCCGCCAGACGCAGACCGUCUACAAGACGCUGGAGCCCUACUGGAACAAGGUGUUCAGUCUUGAGGUGAACGACAUUCACAGCGUGCUGGAGGUGACUGUCUAUGAUCAGGACAAGGAUCACGCCGUGGACUUCCUUGGAAAGCUGGCCAUCCCACUGCUGCAGAUACAGUCAGGGAAGCGACGAUGGUAUCUUCUCAAAGACGAAAGACUUCGACACAGAGCGAAGGGCAAAAAUCCCCAAAUUCUCCUGGAAUUUGAUCUCAUUUGGAAUCAGGUACGCGCCGCCCUCCGAACGUUCACACCGCGCGAGCAGCCGCUCGUCCGGCCGCCUGUCCGCUUCAGGAUGUCUGCGUUCGUGCGGAUUCUGAACCGGCUGAACGCGCUGAGUGUGGGUGCUCUGGAGCUGCACGCCUUCAUCAGCAGGGUACUGGCCUGGGAGUCGGCGCCCCGUUCCGUCUCCGUGUGGAUCGGCUUCCUGUGCGUCACCUACUGCUUCCAGCUGUACAUGGUGCCGGCGCUCCUGCUGCUCGCCGUCUUCGGACGCUGGAUGAUGCGGAUGGCGUCGUCGUUCCGCGGUCAGAGUCAGGCCGAGCUGGAGGGCGGCGACCCUCCGUUGGAGGAGGAGGAUGACGCGCUGGAGGACGAGGAUCUGAGCAGCUCCCGUGAAUCUCUGGAGGUCGACCUCCGCUACUGGCGGUACCUGCCGGACGAGAAGAAGACUCUGAAGGAGAAGGUUCUCUCGGUGCAGGAAGUGACGUCACUAGUACAAACCUCGCUCGGCUACCUGGCCUCCCUCACCGAACGAAUACUCAACACGGCGGACUUUGUGGUGCCCUUCGUGUCGUGGCUGGCUGUGCUGCUCCUGCUGGGCACCACGGCGCUCUGCUACCUCCUCCCGGUGCGAUACAUCGUGAUGCUGAUGGGCAGCUACAAGUUCACCAAAGGCCUUCUCUUCCCGGGCACGGUGUCUACGCACGAACUCAUCAACUUCCUGGCCUGCGUGCCCGACUCGGAACAGCUGAAACAGUGGCGAGAGCUGGGUCCGCCGCCAGUGACUGCUGCCGAUCGCCGGCGCCGACAGCGGGCCAGACACCGGCUGGGAAGACGUCACUGAUAAGUGAGAGCACCAUGGCAGGAGCGGUGACACCUCAAUGAUGAGUGUGGAAAAUAAGGUAGCGAAGGAGCCCAUUGACGAGUGUGGAUAUCACUGGAGCGGUGGCUGUGUGACCGGAUUCUGGUAUCGGGCUCCGGACGUCGCAUGCACUCUGUAGUCUUCGCUGUAGACUCCGCUCUGGUUGAAGGCCGAAGGCAGGCAGUUAAAGCUCGGCUGUUUGGUAUUUUUACUUCAUCGCAUUGUACGGAUAUAGUUGUCCUCCAUUUUACCACUCAGGAUAUAGGAAUGUAGGUAUCCACUUCUGAUAUUUCAAGAGAAAUGACCUCUGCUUGAUCGUUCAUCCGUGUGUGACGCCAAUCAUCGCAUCGCCGGUGCUCAGUUGUUGUGAGGCUUUUCACUUGAGAAUUUGCGCUUCAUGUUCUAUUUCCUGCUGAGCUGCUAGUUUAGGUGUGGCCAGGGGCGAUGGAAGCUCAAGGUCAGGCACAUUGAACCGAACUUGUCCGGUUUAAACUGUUAUUAUUGCUCAGUAUCACGUUAGGUCUACUGGUUGUUUUGAUGGUUGUAUAUCGUGUAAAAAUCUCAUCAGUUACAAGUCAGCCUUGAGUCCAACAGUGCUGUGACGUGGCACCAGAGUUGAUAACGUGUGCAUAAGACGAUAUAAUAACAACUCAUUCUUGCCUUUUGAAGCAAUGAUGAAGAUCCUUGUAGUACGUAAGGUAAGACCGCCUACAUUUUUUCUCGUAGAAUGUGAGUCGCACUUUAUGGAGCCGAUGAGAUGGUGUGUUCGAUACAAAAGCUACUGCACAUGCGUCAGUUGCCUAGCAUUGAUUUAGCUAGUUAUGAUGUGUAUAUAUUUUUGUUGUGUAGCUCAGACGUAGGCAAAGCAAAGCGACAAAUAAGUAAACCGCCAUCAGACUUCGACAUUUUAUCGGCACAAGUGCGUCUAUACGGUUUACGCCCAUUUCGCAUGUCGACGACUGUCGGUGGUGUCGACAAUGAAUAAUAGGCUGGCCACCUUUGUGAUGUGUCUGAGGCAGAUGAAAAUGCGUAACUAUGCUAGAUACAAUUUGUUAUACGACCAUUCCUUUUGUACUGCAACUUUCAAUGGAUGCAUCUUUUGUUACCUAUAAUAAAUGCAGCAAAAUGGU